UUUCCCAAGCAUUAGGUGAAAAUCUCACGCUCUCCGCACGCAUCUAACCAUGCCGGUUCACCAUUAGAAGCAGGAACCGAUAAAAGCAAGCGUAUUUUAUUGAGUGACCCGCAGUCAAAAUAUAUCAUCCGAACGGGAAAGUGUUGGCGCACGGACGCGAAAAAUCUUUGCUACAAAACUUCGUCAAAGGCGCAUUUUUUUCCGCGAACGCUCGAAAUCGUGAACGGCCAUUAAAAUCGUAUUACCGAUAGAAUGUUGUAGUGAGCGAAAAUUGAAAAAAAAAUAUCAUAAAUCAUAACGCUACUAGUUUGGUGUUUCGAGGUGCGAAAAAAGCUGGAAAAUUUCUAUCUGUUUCCGGUAAAAAAAAACGUUCCCUCCCCACAAAAACCCACGGAUCGUAUUUUCUUAUCGGUUGUUCACGUUGGUGUACAUUAUUGACCCUGAAGGAUUUUGUGAACCACCAGGCCGUCGACGAGAGAGAAAAUAUCUUCACAUAAAAGCUGGUUUGUGAGUGUGUGUUUACGUCUCUACGGAACGUAAGCUAAAAUUGUGUCGAGCCCGGUGUGAAUUGAGACUGGAAAUUAAAGGCACCGGUCUUAUCAUCUGCGGGAAACUGUUGUCAGCACGAAACCUCUAGGCGACUGACAGAAACAUAUCAAGGAAAAUUCAAAACCCCGUAAACUGUUCUCGGUGCGCGCUUUCACCGUAAGUGGACUGGGGUGACAUUACGGUUGAAUAUUUUACGUUCCCUGUUUGGCAAGCAACACAAAACAAAAACCAAAAACAAAAGUGCCUUCUCCUGCAAAAGUGUGUGCUGUAGCAUAUCUGUAGCAUCUGUGCGUGCGUGCGUGCGUGCGUAUCGUGUCGUGACGUGUGCCCAUAACUUUUGGAACCACAGCGUUGAUUGGCAUUCGCCGUUCUCGGGAGUUCCAAAAUUUGUGUACCCCAUCCAAUUUGAGAAAGCUGUGACGUGACGUGAAGAAGUCGGGCUCUAUGCAUUCACGUGCGGUCCACUUGUGACGGUGUUCUGAGGGAAAUAGGGACGGGUGACGGUUUUGUGACCGACAAUGAAGAUCCAACUGGUGGGACUUUUGGUGCUAGUGGUGGCGACCGUUGGUGCGGUUUCGUACUGUCCCAACCGGUGCGUCUGUGACGAUGAGAAGCUGCACGUGACGUGCGGCGAAGGUGAGCUGGAUGUGCUACCGAUAGCGCUCAAUCCAUCGAUCGGCCGGUUGGUGAUUAAGUUCAAUCGCAUCAAAUCGAUCGACUCGUCGAUACAAUUCUACACCGAGCUGACGAUGCUGGACCUGAGCUACAACCAUCUGCUGAGCAUUCCGGAGCGGAUCUUCAUGUACCAGAAGAAGCUGCUACAGCUGCAUCUAAACAACAACAAGCUGGGGGCCAUUACCAACCGCACGUUCGGGGGACUCGACGAGCUGCGGGUACUGAAUCUGCGCGGCAAUUUUAUUGAUGAGAUUGGUAGUGAGAUGUUCAAAGCGCUUCCGAAGCUGGAGGAACUGAACUUGGGCCAGAAUCGUAUCGCUACCCUGCACGCUAGUGCGUUCGAUGGGCUGGCUAAUCUGCGAGUGCUCUACUUGGACGAUAACUCCAUCAGCACCAUUCCAACGCUUUCGCUAACUCCACUGAAAGGGUUGGCCGAACUGUACCUCGGCACCAACUCACUGUUUCGCGUACUGCCGGGUGCGUUCGAAGGACUUACGCAGCUACGCCGGCUCGACAUUCAUGGGUCGAUGUUGGUAAACAUCACCAGCGAAACGUUCCGAGGUUUGGAGAACAUUCGCUCGCUGGACAUCUCGGACAACCAUCUGCUGAAGGUGCCCACCGUACAGCUGAGUGCGUUGAAGCGGCUCGAAGAUCUCACCAUCGGACAGAAUGACUUUGAGGUUAUCCCCGAAGGUGCCUUCUUUGGGCUUUCCAACCUCAAGUCGAUCGACAUCUCCGGUGCGCUAAACCUGCGACAGAUCCAAUCGGGAGCAUUUUCCGCUAAUCCCAACCUCGAAUCGAUUACAAUUGCAUCCAACAAAGAGCUACAGGAGUUGGACGAGGGUUCCUUCGCUGGACUUCCGCACAUCCGGAAGGUAUCGCUGCGCGACAACAAGAUCGUAACCUUCCACGAGGAACUUCUUCCCUGGAAACAUUUGGUGGAGUUUGAUCUCACGGAAAACCCGCUCGUAUGCGAUUGCAAUGUGCUUUGGUUGAGGAACUUGCUGCAGCGUCAAAAUCCCGAAACUGAAGCAGACGCACAAAUCGUUUGCAACGGUCCCGACCGGCUUCAUGGUGAGUUGCUGCGCGAGCUAACGGCGGAUCUGCUCGGCUGCCAGCAUCUGCAGUCGAAGGAGCGUGCCAUUUUCGGUGCCAUCAUUGUUGCAUCGGCAGCGAGUGUCACGACACUGGUGCUGAUAGUGUAUCGCUUGCGACAUCGCAUCCUCGACUUGCUGCGGCGGAUGGGCUGGGGCGGAAGCAAUAAGCGCGCCACGCUGCACGAGGAAAAGGAUGUCGAGGUGCAGAAGUCGCUCGGUGAGGUGGAGUACCAUCAGCCGCACUGCAACAUCUACACGUACAACUACCAUCCAGCGUACAGGAACUAUCAGCAUCCGUUCGGUGGACAGUACACGCUACCGUAUCCGCACUAUCAGUCGCACGGUGCCGCUUCCGCUUCGGGUGGACAUGGUGCAGUGACGACAGCAACACUGCAACAGCAACAGCCCCACCACAUCCACCAGCAGUCGGGCCCGAACUCGAUCGUUGCCGUAACCGGUAGCUACGGAGGACAGCCGGCCCAACAGCAUCAUCACCAGCAGCAGCAGCAGCAGCAGCACCACCACCAUCAGCAGCCACCGCUGCCACAAACUCCCAAGGGUACACUGAGUACCUCCUCGUCGACCACCUCCUCAUCGACGUCCUCGUCGGCACUUUCGUCGACCGGUUCGACCGUGUCGGGUGUUUCGGCCCAAACGCAAUCCUCCACGAUCUAUUCACCGCAGUACGCGCACCAUAUAUACGAAGUGCCCAAAAAUAUGGCCGACACCUAAGUGAAUUGGAAGGAUUGGAUUUCGCACACGCAUGUAUCACACACACGUACACACCUUUACACCGUUUUACACCUAGCAAACGUACACACUAGCACUAGCAAGCUCCCUUCGUGAAGGUAACGAGAGUAUCAACUCACCAAACUCACCACUAGUAUCUACGGCUCAUCACACAAGUUAGUAUUAACGUGCAUCGUUGUUGUUAGGGAUGGGAAACCAUACCGCCAGCCAGGGAGGAAAAGUUCGGAUGGAGAUUGCAAGCAUUCAUUAUUGAUGGCUUCCCACUGGGGAGGGUGCGAACUCGCCCGCCCCGUAAGGAAGCGUUACGAUGAGUCAUAUCGCGAGGAACUCGUUCAUCGCUAGGUUUUAGAACGGACGUACAUACCUUAUUUCUUUGGUUCCGAAAUUUCACCAACUUUCAAAGGAACUAAACCGAUGCAUAAAGCGCAUUUUACUUUCUAGUCAAUGUUUAAUUUAUCUAUCAGGAUAUGUGGGAUGGAAAGUCGUUUCUCCAAAAAUUAAAAAAAAGUGAGUACGCAAUCGAAGCAAUCUCUCGUUCUUAAACGUAUAUAUUUAAUUGUUACGCAAGAAAAAAGAAAACAAAAGAGGUACAGACUAAUAUAUUCCUUUCCUUCAUCUUCAUAGCAAAGUCAAAUUAAACGAGGCAAAAAGGCUAUUACAAAUCAAACAGUACAACCGUUUCCAUGUGCGUACGCGCGCGCGCGCGCGUUUUUGUGUGUGUAUGUAACCAUUUCCAUCGGAGGAAACUUCUCAGUUAGUUGUAAAUAUUAUGUAAAUAAACUUUUUUAACGUAUACUGAUAGAGAUGGCAGGUAAGCGAGAAACCCGGGAACGAUGUUACAACAACCGUAAAGGUAAAGGAUAAGCAAAGAAACAUGCAGGAAUGUUAUGCAUUAUGGCUCAACCAGCUAUGGACUGUUUUUUUUUCGGUGUGUGUAUUUUUUUAAAUUUGCAAAAUCAAAAGUGAAAACGUGAAAAUUUAACUGAAGUGUGUAAGAGAGAAAAAAGCAAACGAGUUUUGUUCAAUGUUUUAACGUUUAAUCGUUUGCGCACGUUUUCGUUCGUUAAUGUGAAAUUGCAACGGAGAAGAAAAGGAACCAACUUUUCUAGCACUGAAAACGCGAAGAAAGUAAACAUCUCGGUGAUGGUUUAGUUCCAUUUGUCAUCUACAGCCAAGGGUCAUGUUUCGCAUUAUCAGUCGCGGAUGUAUGGCUGGGCAUAGUUCAUAAUCGGGUAAAUUAGGCGAGAAAUCACUUCGCUAGGACUGGAAGAAAGGAGGGGAAAAUAUGAAGGGAAAGAUGUGAUGGAAGUGUGGAAGGAGAAGGAACAUUUUUUACACCGUUUAGCAACAUAAUCGAGGAAAAGAUGAUAUUAUAGCAAAACAAAAAUAAAACGAACGAACUCGUACAUUUCUAAACCACACACAACAUACAUUCAUACACACCAAUUGGUAGGCAUACGGGAAUGCGGCUUGGCGCAGUAUGGAACAGAUCGUUAUAGUCAGUAAACAUUAAAAGCAAAAAAAACAAAAAACAACACAAAAAUGUACUCGUAUUAAAGUAAUACUUUGUAUAGUGAUGUAAGCGAAGAAAUGAUACGGUAAACAAAAAGGGGCAGAAGAAAGGAAACGAACGGAAAGCAACGAAAGACAUGGUGAAGCAAGAGAAAAAUUAAUAAAACAAAUCAAACUUCGGAUAUGAAAAA